AUCGUGAAAAGAACAGUUGAAUCCAGAAAAGUACGCUAACAGGUCAUGCGGGGCCCGCGUCCACGGCAAAAUAUUUGAAGAAAAGAAAGGCGGAUAAAUUACGGAAGAAGAUAAUAAAGUAGUGGAGUCGUAGUCAGAACAUUAAUUUUGUAAUACUCAGCAGUUCUCAAGUGCGCAGAAAUUUAUGAAUAAACGAUUUUUUCAAGGUCGUUAAAACCCUUUUGUCCGCAUGUGCUUAUCUUUAUAUUUGAUUCACAGACAAGACUGUUUACACAACUAGAACAGGCAACAAUAAUGGAGACGGCGUUGUCUGGAAUGAAUCUGUCGUGCCUGCUAUGUGAGCAGACUUUUGAUGCCGUCGAAAAGCUGGACGAACACCUACCCAUCCACUUUCCGCAGCCGGUGGUCAGGACCCAAUUUUGCGAUCUCUGCGGACGCGGCAUGCGAACCUCACUGGAUCUGCAUCAGCACUAUAAAAGAUUCCAUGAGGCCCAUGUGGCCAGCUCAGACGGCCAUUUUUACUGCCAAAUGUGCGACAAGGUGUUCCUUCUACAAGAUCACCUCAAUGUCCAUGUGAAGAUCGAGCAUGCGACCGAUGGCUACCGUCCGGAGGCAAGGUCGUCGGAAUGGGAGAAGCAUUGUCCCAACACUGUUGAUCUUACCAACGAUGAUAUGUUGGAUCCCAUCCUGUGUCCACCACCCAAGAAGAAGUAUCCGCCACGCUCCCCCUUCUUCAAUCCAAAUCUUUGGCUAGAUGGGGAUCUCUCUUACAUGUAGAGAAAUACACUGUUAAAUUUCUUUAUUCUGUCCAAUCUAUGGAUACCAUUUACCCAUCUUUGUCUAGCCAUUCCAAAUGAUUCUCAAAUAAUUUAGAGCUCUUCGUCGAAUGAAUUCAUAAUUCGAAGACAGUACAGUACCAAUGUGCCUGCAGUCCGUAUGAAAAUAAAACGCAUUGCCUCAUGAUUUAAUUAAAAUUUA